AUGUCCUCAGAACCAAUAUUUGUCCUGCCGGGCGAUCGAAUCGAUGCCUCACUGAUACCCUCGCACGAGAAGAAGCCUCUCCGGUUAGGCCCUGGCCUGCGGCAUGUCCCUCCCAGCGACCUCGUUCCGACGCUGGCUGGUCAACUGGUGACGGACCGACAGAAGAACGCCAUCCGUGUAGAGACGGCAAAUGGCAGGUACAUCCCGCGCGUAGGCGAGCUCGUCAUUGGCACCGUCAACAAAUCCGCCCAGGAAGUCUACUUCGUCAGCCUCUCCGACUACACCGCUCCCGCCCUCCUCCCUCAGCUCUCGUUCGAGUCCGCCACGAAGAAGACGCGCCCCAUCCUGCUCCCCGGAGCGCUGGUCUACGCCCGCUGUGUCUCGGCUUCAACGGGCAAAGCCGAUGGCCUUGGGCCGCUGGUUGGAGGCAUGCUGUUCACCAUCUCGCUAGGCAUGUCUCGCCUCCUGAUGAUGCCCAAGAAGGCGCAGCAGGGCAGGCUCGUAGUACUCGACGAGCUUGCCGACGCCGGCGUCCAGUUUGAGACGGCGACUGGCAGGAACGGCAGGCUGUGGGUCGACAGUGAUAGCACCAAGGCCAUCAUUGCCGUCGGCAGAGCUAUUCAGGAAACAGAUGAAAAGUCACUUGGCGUGGACGAACAGAGGAGACUGGUCAAGAAGUUGAUCAAAGAACUGAGUUGAAGCGAACGAGAAGAGGGAGAGACAGAGAUGAAAAAACAUCAAAUGUUCGCAGUACACCCACAGAGUACUUGCGGACGGCUUUUCUCGGCGGGCCAUCUGCUCUUGUUGAAUAUACCCAUCACGCGUUUGUUUGUUCCUUUGGAGCUGCAUGUCUGU